CUCUGCGUAGGCUCGACUGGGCAGAUCAGUGCGCGUUGAAAUUGUGUGGCGGAUGCAGAGAUGUGUUCGGUUGAGAGGUGCCUCUUUUGAUAUGCAGGGACGAGGCGUGUGACGACGAUCCUGUAGAGCGUUGAUUUGCAUUGCAAUUUUGGUUUUUUGGUUUUUUUUGUUUUGUCUUUGGUUUAAUUUUUUGAAUUUAUCGCGAUUGAUUGGGAGGAAGUUGUUUUUUGGUUUGGAGGUUGUUAAUUGUUCGGCGAUUGUGAUGAGGUCGUCGUCGUUCGGUAGCGGUUCGUCGAGGAACAGCCUCCGUUCGAUGGAAUUGCAGGAGGAGUCGCCGAGGUAUGGAGGAGUUGGAAUUGGAGGUGCAAUGCUUCCGGUUUACCUUAAUGAUUUGAGGAGGAAUAUUAAUGGCGGUGGAGAAGAGAUGGUGGAAGUCACUCUCGAGCUCGACGAGGAUGAUUCCGUCGUCCUGUGCAGCGUCGCUCCGGCGAACGGUGCGCAGAAUAACGCGACAGAAGAAGAAGCGACGAAUAGUUUCCUUGCUCGGAGCGCGUCGGCGGCGUCGAGGCUACGGAGGAUGUUCUCGUGGCGGCGGACUCCGUCGGAGAGGACGUCGACGUCGGACGCGGAGGAGCAGCACCAGGCGGCGGUGGUUUCCGCACGUGAGAUGAUGAAGAUGAAGGCGAAGAUGAUGAGAACCAAAUCGAGCGCGCAGAGAGCGCUCGGCGGGCUGCGAUUCAUCAGCCGAAGCACCGGCGGAGAUUCGGAGCCCGACCCGAACCUGCUCUGGAAACAAGUCGAAGCUCGGUUCGACGUCCUCUCCAAAGAUGGCUUGCUUUCCAAGCAAGACUUCGGCGAAUGCAUAGGAAUGGGAGAUUCCAAGGAGUUUGCGGUGGGCGUUUUCAACGCUCUGGCGCGGCGGCGGAGGCAGAAAUCAACCAAAAUUACCAAGGCGGAGCUGCGUGAUUUUUGGCUUCAAAUAUCCGAUAACAGUUUCGACGCUCGUCUCCAAAUUUUCUUCGACAUGGCGGAUGUUAAUGGAGAUGGGAAAAUUACAAGAGAUGAAGUACAAGAGCUAAUAAUGCUGAGUGCUUCUGCUAAUAAGCUGUCCAAUUUGAAAGAACGUGCCACGGAUUAUGCCAAUUUAAUAAUGGAAGAGCUUGACCCUGACCACCUCGGCUACAUUGAGCUAUGGCAGUUGGAAGCACUUCUUCUGCAGAGGGACAAUUACAUGAACUACAGCAGACCUCUAAGCGCAGUAAGUGUAGGAUGGAGCCAGAAUUUGAGCACCAUUUUGGUGAACAAAGUAGGGUCCUUCCUGUUCGACAAUUGGCAGAGAGGCUGGAUACUGCUGACAUGGUUUCUAGCCAUGGCUGCCCUUUUCACCUGGAAGUUCCUCCAGUACAGGAAUCUCCCGGCAUUCCACGUCAUGGGUUACUGCUUAACAACAGCCAAAGGUGCCGCCGAGACUCUCAAACUCAACAUGGCCUUAAUUCUCCUCCCUGUCUGCCGCAACAUCCUGACGCUGCUGAGAUCCACAAGAGCCAGGCUACUCAUCCCUUUCGACGACAACAUUAACUUCCACAAGGUUAUUGCCUGUGCUAUUGCCGUUGGAGUAGUGAUCCAUUCUGGGAGCCAUUUAGCGUGCGACUUCCCGCGCGUGGUGCAAUCAUCGCCAGAUAAUUUCAAACUAAUUGCUUCUGACUUCAACAACAAACAACCGACGUAUACCAGCCUCUUAAACAGCGUCGUCACCACCACCGGGAUCGCCAUUGUCGUGCUGAUGAUGAUCGCCUUCACUCUCGCGACCCGAAGCUUCCGUAAAAAUGGAGUGAAGCUGCCGCCGCCGUUGAACAGACUCACCGGCUUCAAUGCAUUCUGGUACUCCCAUCACCUCCUUGCCCUCGCCUACAUUUUGCUCGUCGUCCAUGGCACGUUCUUGCUCCUUGUUCACCAAUGGUACAAGAAAACGACAUGGAUGUACAUUUCAGCUCCUCUGCUUCUCUAUGUAGCAGAAAGAUGUCUAAGAACUCGAAGGUCAGAACAUUAUGCAGUUAAGAUAUUGAAGGUUGCCGUGCUCCCGGGAGGCGUCUUCAGCCUGGUAAUGGCGAAGCCGAAUGGAUUCAAGUAUAAAAGCGGGCAGUACGUCUUUCUGCAAUGUCCCGCGAUCUCCUCAUUCGAAUGGCAUCCGUUCUCGCUCACUUCCGCGCCGGGUGAUGAUUAUCUGAGCGUUCAUAUCCGCACGGUCGGGGAUUGGACGCAAGAACUCAAGCGAGUAUUCACCGAAGACAAUAGCUCGACUUGCGUUAUCGGACGAGCUAAAUUCGGCGCGCUCGGAAAUGUUCAACAAACUGGCCUGCCUAAACUGCUCGUCGACGGACCGUACGGAGCGCCGGCGCAAGACUACCAAAACUACGACGUAUUACUCCUCGUAGGGCUCGGGAUUGGGGCGACGCCUUUCAUAAGCAUCCUUAAAGAUCUGCUAAACAAUACAAAACCAGACGACCAAAUGGACUUGAACACCGAAACGAGCCACUCCGACGACAGCUCGAACAGCGUUAGCUCUUCGUGGGAGACGCUGAGCGGGAAGAAGAAGUCGCAAAAGAUAAGAAACGCGCAUUUCUAUUGGGUGACGAGGGAGCCGGGAUCGUUCGAAUGGUUCAAAGGCGUGAUGAACGAAACCGCCGAAAUGGAUCACAAGGGCCAAAUCGAGAUGCACAAUUAUCUAACGAGCGUUUACGAAGAGGGCGACGCAAGAUCAACUCUCAUCACGAUGGUUCAAGCGCUAAACCACGCUAAGCACGGCGUCGACAUCCUAUCCGGCACCCGAGUUCGGACACACUUCGCGCGGCCAGAUUGGCGCGAAGUGUUCAACAAAGUAGCUGCAAAGCACCCGUGCUCGACAGUAGGUGUUUUUUACUGCGGAAUGCCAAACUUAGCGAAGGAGCUUAAGAAGCUCUCGCAAGAACUUACUUACAAGACGUCGACAAGAUUCGAGUUUCAUAAGGAAUACUUUUGAAUCGGAGAAAUCGAUCGAUUCGGCUACGACUACAUGUACAAGAGGAAAUAUACACACAUAUAUAUAUGUAUGCAUUUUUAGGAUGUAGCAUCGUUUCUUCCUUGAAGAAGAUGUAAGUAUACAAAAAAAUAUAUAUAUAUACACACACGUAUAGUAUAUAUAUAGGUGUGUUAUGGAAUGUAGAUUUGCUUGGAAAAUACAGCAGCAGGGGAAGGAGAUGGAGGGUGUGAUUUAGUAACAAGAACAAGAACAGAAAACAAUGAGAAAACAGGUACAUUCAUUUGUUCAUUUUAUUUGAUUCUUGUUAACUUAAUUAA